AUGCACGAGAUCAUCACUCUGCAACUGGGCGAGCUGAGUAACUACGCAGCGACUCAUUUCUGGAACACCCAGGAAUCCUAUUUCACCUACUCGGCCGAGGAUGAAUCUCCGGUGAAUCACAACGUUCACUGGCGCCCAGGUGUAGCCCUGGAUGGCUCCGAGACCUUCCUCCCGCGCACCAUCAUCUAUGACCUGAAGGGCGGCUUCGGUUCACUCCGCAAGAUCAAUGCCCUCUACGACGCCAGCGAUGAAUCUGCUCCCACCCAUCUCUGGGGAGGGUCGGCUCAUGUUCACAAACAGCCUGAGAUAGAGCAGAGUGCCUACCAGCAGAGUCUUGAUCUUGGCGCUCCUGCUCCGACACUCAAACCGUCCGACGUGCGGUACUGGUCAGACUUCUCUCGUGUCUUCUACCACCCGAAGUCACUCAAUCAACUAUACGACUAUGAGCUCAACUCAUCCAUUAUGCCCUUUGAUAAAUGGUCACUAGGAAAAGAGCUUUUUGACGGUCUGGACAGGGAACAUGACAUAGUGGACCGAGAUUUUCGCCCCUUCAUCGAAGAAGCGGACCAAACGCAGGGCUUCCAAAUCGUCACCACCAUCGACGACGCCUGGGGUGGCUUCGCGACCGAGUACAUCCAGCGUCUACGGGAUGAAUACGGAAAAACUUCCAUAUGGGUUUGGGGUCUGCAGGCACCUGCUCCGGGGCUGAUGAUUGAUCAACGACGUAUGCAAGCAGCCAAUACUGCGAGAACCGUCAAGGACCUAUGUGAGCAUGCUUCCAUGAUGGUGCCCAUGGCACUUCCUCAUGGCCGACUGCCCUCCAACAUCAACCUGAACUUGCAGUCUCUCUGGCAUACCUCAGCCCUGCUUAACACUGCCAUGGAGACGGCCACUAUCGCGUCGCGUCUGAAUUCUCAAGUUGGUGGAAGUAGCCCUCAGGCCUCACUUGGUGAUUUAGUCAGCGGUUUGAAUCUGCAGGGUAAGCAGACUAUGAGCAGGCUUCAGUUGAGCGUUACCGGGCCGAAAUCAAACUCGAGCGCGGGAAUAAACCAUGUAGACGACCAUACCAAGCUGGACGUUGACUUUUUUGAUAUCCUGAGAACAAAACCCCUGCCCCGCAAAAGAAGCCUCGAGGAAUCGGCCAGUUCGCCACAUUUCUUUGGUCACACUGUCACCACCCGUGGCCAGGCACAAAUCUCGGAAGAUAGCAAGCAAAGAUAUCGGCCCAGAGCUGCCCUUGUGGAGACGAGCACUCAAAGAUACCACACAGAAAAGGGGUUCCCCAUGCUCGAUAGUUUCCCUCACAUCUACCCAGACCGCAGCGACAAGACCUCCCCAGACACUUUGGGCACCAUAGCGAGCCUCUCCACAGACACAUCCGUGUCUGCAGCAAUGAAAGAACUGCGCAUAGCUGUUGCGUCCUCCAUCGGUGUGGAGGAUCGUGAGGAUAUUAGCAACGAGCUUGCCGAUCUUGCUGAAGCAUACCGUGAGGGUUGGUCGAGUGGUAGUGACAACGACGACGACGACUACUGCUGA